CGACGAGUUCCUGGCACUCACAGACCCCAAGCUGAGCGUGUUCAACGAGGCAGACGACGGCGGUGACGGCGUGAUGGACACGCCGCAGCACAAGGUGACGCAGUUCUGCGUGUACGACAAGCACACGCACUUGUGCCCGCUCGACAGCGGCCUCAUCGAGCGCAACGUGGAGCUGUACUUCAGCGGCUACGUGAAGCCCAUCUACGCGGAGGACCCGUCGGCCGACGGCGGCAUCGGCACCAAGGCGCUGGGCCCGAUCGGCACCUGGUGGACAGCGGGCUUCGACGGCGGCGAGAGCGCCAUGGUGGGCUUCACGACCCCGUACGCCGACUGCGUGCUGAUGGCGCCGAGCGAGCAAUAUGCGGUCAUCAUAUUGGUCAUCGAGACCGUGGUCAGGGACCCCAAUUCCACGUACGAGGACCUGCUCAACAAGCUGGAGCUGACGCCGCAGGGGAUCGGCAAGUACACCGAGGACAUGCUCCUGCGCAACGCGCAGUUCGUGGUUGACCAGGUGCAGAGCUUGGACGUGACCGCGGACGACGACGAGACGACGCUGAUCGCGACCCCGUGCCUGCGCAGCCUGGUCAAGCUGGCCGGGGUCACGCUGGGUCAGCGCAGGGCCACGCGGUGCGACCAGCGCGACGCGGCUCGCAAGAAGCCCGUCGGUACGCUGACCACGACCACACCGCUCGACCGGGAUGUGUUCGAGGUGCUCUUCGGGGAGCAGAUCGACGACAAGGCCGCCGGCGCGCCCCGGCACAAGCGGUGCGGCGUGUGCGAUGCCUCCCAGCUGCCGGACUGCGGCAAGUGCGAGGCGUGCCGCGACCAGGUCAAGUUCGGCGGCAGCGGCCGGCUCAAGCAGUGCUGCGAGGAGCGACGCUGCCUCAACAAGGUCUUCCAGGAGGCCGAGGAGGACGACGGGGACACAGGGGAGAUGGAGGACGCCAUGGACCGCAAGGCGAGCCAGGUGGAGGCCGAUGGCGGCCGCAAGAGCACCCGUCGCAAGGGCUCCAGCGACGUGCGCUGGACCGACAACAAUCCCGUCGCGUCGCACGACAAGAAGGCCUACUUCGGCCGGGCCAUCGUGAACGGCCAGGAGCUGCGCUGGGGCGACUUCGUCCUGGUGACCCCUACUGACGUCGGAACGCCCCUGUACGUCGCCCGGGUGGUCUACCUCUCCAAGAACCCUUCGGGCGAGAAGAUGUUCCACGCCCACUGGUUCUGGCGUGGCUCGGACCCGGUCCUCGGCGAGACCUCUGACCCCCGGGAGCUGUUCCCGGUGAGCGAGUGCGAGCAUCAGAGCCUGGGCACGGUGAGCGACGUCUGCAGCGUCGUGCGCAAGGGCGUGUCCAAGGACUGGUUCAGCCGCGGCGGCAGUUUCCGUAAGAGUGUGCUCGGGGACGAGGACGACGGCCGCGCCUUCUACCAGAAGGAGUACGAGCCCCAGCAAGCCCGCUUCGUGGAUCCGCCCGAGCUGGUGCCACCGGGGGGCUGCGAGAUGGCCCACACCUGCGUUUCCUGCCAGAAGGCCGAGGCCCGGCACAAGCGCGAGACGGCGAUCCCCGGGGAGGUGGUCGAGGAGGAGAACGGCCGGCGGUGCUACGCCAGCGUCGCCUCUACACCUUCUCCGUCGGGGAGCACGUGCGUCUACCUGGCCCCGGACGCUUUCCAGUUCGGCCUUAGAAUGGCCGCCCCCAAGACGGGCAUGUCCUCCAGGAAGGGGGAUGUCAACGAGGACAUCUACACGGAGCAGUACCGCAAGCGCACAGAGUAUGUCAAGGGCUCCAAUGUGAACAUUCCGGAGCCCUUCAGGAUCGGCAAGAUCCUUUCGAUCCGGGGGAAGUCUGGGAGCGGCGACGCCUCCGGCAGCCCCGAGCGGUUCAAGCUGCUGGUCAAGAAGUUCUAUAGAUCCGAGAACACGCACGCGCCCAAGCCCGAAGCCGACCUGAACUUCCUGUACUACUCGGAGGAAGAGGCUCUGGUGGACCUGAAUCAGGUGCGCGGGAAGUGCAACGUCAUUUACGGGGAGAACCUCGCGCGGGACACAGACGACUACCUGCAGAAGGGCCCGCACCGCUUCUACUUCAGCGAGGCAUACGACGGCAGAACGAAGACGUUUACAGAGCCGUCUUCGAAGGCCCGCAUGAUGGGCUGCCUCGGCAAGGGCAAGAGCUCCCAGAAGGCGGCCAACGUCGAGGAUCCCGAGGAGUACUUUGUCCUGCGGCAGGAGCUCCGUGGCCUCGACGUCUUUGCCGGCUGCGGCGGCCUGUCCGAGGGCUUCCACCGGUCCGGCGUGAGCGAAACCUGCUGGGCCAUCGAGUGCGAGGAACCGGCCGCCAACGCCUUCCGGCUCAACUUCCCGGACGCGACCGUCUUCACGGAUGACUGCAAUCGCCUGCUGCGCCUCGUCAUGGACACGGAGAGCGUCAACGAGCGGGGUCAGACCCUGCCGCAGAAGGGGGACGUGGAGAUCUGCGGGGGGCCGCCAUGCCAGGGGUUUAGCGGCAUGAACCGCUUCAACUCGAGGCAAUACUCUCCCUUCAAGAACUCCCUCAUCGCGUCCUACCUGAGCUGCGAGUACUGCCGGCCACGAUUCUUCGUCCUGGAGAAUGUCCGCAACUUCGUCUCGUUCAAGCGCAGCAUGGUGCUCAAGCUGGCCCUGCGCUGCCUCAUCAGCAUGGGCUACCAGUGCAUCUUUGGAAUCCUCCAGGCCGGCAACUAUGGAGUGCCGGAGACGCGAAGGAGGGCCAUCAUUCUGGCGGCCGCACCCGGCGAGAAGCUACCCCUUUACCCAGAGCCGAAGCACGUCUUCGCGUCCCGCGCCUGCCAGCUCUCCGUGGUGGUGGACGACCGCAAAUACCUCUCCAACUGCAAGUGGUCCUUGUCCGCGCCGCUCCGGACCCUCACCGUCCAGGACGCCAUGCUGGACCUCCCAGAGAUACGCAACGGUGCCAAGCGUGAGGAGAUUCCCUACGGCGCGGAGGCGCUCACCCCGUUCCAGCGGACGCUCCGGGGCGGCGGUGCCGUGCUUCGGGACCACAUCUGUGAGGAUAUGGCGCCCCUGGUCGAGGCCCGGAUGCGCCACAUCCCGCUGGCGCCGGGCUCUGACUGGCGUGACCUGCCCAACGCAGUGGUGCUACUCUCGGACGGGUUGACCUUAACCAAGAAGCUGCGCUACACGCACCACGACCGCAAGAACGGCAAGUCUUCGACGGGGGCGCUUCGCGGCGUGUGUCCCUGUUCGAAGGACGCGCCGUGCGACCCCGUCUGCCGCCAGGACAACACCCUGGUCCCCUGGUGCCUGCCGCACACGGGUAACCGGCACAACCAUUGGGCAGGGCUCUACGGGCGGCUGGGUUGGAAUGGCUUCUUCAGCACAACCAUUACAAAUCCAGAGCCGAUGGGCAAGCAGGGCCGGGUGCUCCACCCCGAGCAGCACCAGGUCGUCAGCGUGCGCGAGUGCGCACGUUCCCAGGGCUUUCCGGACACAUACCGGUUCUUCGGCACCAUCUUGGACAGACACCGACAAGUGGGCAACGCGGUGCCGCCGCUGCUCGCUCGUGCCAUUGGCCGCGAGAUUUUGAAGUGCCUCGCACAGCGGCCUGCAGGACGGCUGAACUUCGUCGCCGCAUCCAAGAAUCCCACCUGCCCUCGAGGACGACUCUGGGACCCAUCAUUUUGCAUUGAUCGAUUUUGCGGCGGAGAAUCUUUAGAAUUUUGCAACCACAAUUGAGCCUUUUAAUGUUUGUGCUGCGCCCAGCAGUACAAGCUCUGUGAAUACUGCACCCAGCAGUAUUCACAAAGACUUGAUUGUGCUUUGUUUGCGUGCCUGCUAAAAAAAAAAAGGAAAUGUUUCUAUAUACAUACAUUUUUUUAGCGCAGUGUUCUUGUAUCAACGACAAGCGUGGGAAGAUGUAGUAAGGGUAUUUCCCAGGCCUAUUUUACAUUGCCGUUUGUUGAGCAUGAGCGUUUUCCCCUUCGAGUACCACUAUGGAGUGACACAUUUUUCACCUUGGAUUUAUAACUUUGGGGAGUGAAGGUCCAAAUGUUUAGAAUAUUCACUGUUUUAUGCAAGUCCAGCUUGACAGGCUGUGAAACAAACUUUUGGAAAUUUUUUAUCGUGAAUAAA